AUGAGCUAUAUCCUCGUGGGCGAUGAAUUAUACAAGAAAAGCCUUGAGGAUGAUUUACUUUUAAGGUGUUUAGGGCACCCCGAGGCCAUGAGGGUCAUGAGUGAAGUCCAUGAAGGAAUCUGUGGAGCUCAUCAAUCAGGAAUAAAUAUGAGAUGGCUAAUCAGAAGAGGUUGGGCCCUUAACGAAAUUGGGAAAAUUUAUCUGCCCUCUUCAGGAAAUCAUACUUACAUCUUGGUAGCCACGGAUUACUUCACCAAAUGGGCAGAAACUGUGCCAUUAAAAUCUGUGGAUCAACAAGAAGUAAUCAAGGUGAUCAAGGAAAGAAUCAUCCAUAGGUUUGGACUACCUGAACACUUGGUUGCAGAUAGGAGUACAAUAUUUAUGGGAGAACAAGUAGUCAACUUUGCCGCCCAGCAAAACAUCAUCAUGUCUAACUCCACUCCUUAUUACGCACAAGGAAAUGGCCAAGCCGAGUCCACCAAUAGGACUUUGGUCAAUAUUAUAGAGAAAAUGGUGGAAAAUAAUCUAAGGGCUUGGCACGAGUUACUCUCUGAGGCCUUAUGGGCCUACAGAACCUCAAAGAAAGAAGCCACCAAUAUGACCCCUUAUAUGUUGGUAUAUGGGCAUGAUCCAGUCCUACCAAUGGAGGUAGCAGUAAAGUCAGCAAGAAUAGCAUAUCAACUUGGCUUCACUCCUGCAGAUUACAGUCAGGCCAUGCUGAUAGAGCUUGAGGACUUGGAUGAAGUUAGACUCGCAGCCCUUGACCACAUGUUGGUUCAGAAGAGAAGAGUUGCUAGAGCUUAUGACAAACGUGUAAGGAGAAAGAGCUUUUCUGAAGGUGACCUAGUUUGGAAGGCUGUGUUUCCUUUAGGGGAAAAGAGUUCAAGGUAUGGCAAGUGGUCUCCAACAUGGGAAGGACCGUUCCAGAUUUCUCGAGUCCUUAGAGGUAAUGUGUAUCUUCUAAUGGACUUGGAUGGAGGUUUAGAUAAGCAUUUGACAAAUGGAAAAUACCUCAAGCAUCAUUAUCCUACUAUGUGGGAAAUGAGGGAUUUUGGGGAAAACCUGCCAAGGAAUCCAUAG